UCACCGAUCAAUGGAAAGAGCCAAAGAUAUCGGCUCGGUCAUGUGAUCAGCUGUGUACAAUCACAGCUGAUCACAUGGGACAUGUGCCCUGAUCAUCUGUGUAGCCCCAGCAGUGCCACCUGUCAGUGUCCAUCAGUGCUCAUCCAUGCCUCCUGCCAGUACCCAUCAGUGCCACUUUUCAGUGCCUACCAGUGCACAUCAAUGCCACAUAUCAGUGCCCAUCUGAGCUGCCUUUCAGUGUCACCCAUCAGUGGCACCUAUCAAUGCCAGUCAGUGCCGCCUAUCUGUGCCAGUCAGUGACGCCUAUCUGUGUGCAUCUGUGACG